AUGUCUGGAGUUGUUUCGUCCCGCAAACGCGUUGCUGCAUUGGUCUCAUCGCAGCGCCUCGCCAUCGUGCCACGCCACGAUCGCGGGCGCCGCAUUACUGUUCGGAGUAGUGCUGUGCACGUAAAUCUUGGCACGUCGCAGGUGCUACUUGACGGUUGCGAGUUGCCUCGUCCGGCGCCUGCCGCGUAUUUUGUAUUUCAGAAACCCGUUGGGUGUAUCACGACGCGAGGAACCGAUCAAUCCAAGAGGCACACUCGGCCUUCUGUUAUGGAUGUCCUUCGAUGUGAUGAGCGCAAUGCCCCCUUACUAGAAGCUGACGCGAAACCCGUAGGAAGGUUGGAUUGUGACUCGGAAGGUUUGCUUUUUUUCUCCAACGACGGGGACUUCACGAAAGCCGUGCUACGGCCCGAAUUCCGAGUGCCGAAGACAUACCUAGUUGUCGUCAGCGGAAGGCGACUACCGAAGUUUAUUGAUCGCAUUGCUGAGGCUGACUUACUCAGAUUGCGACAGGGUGUGAGAUUGGGAAAUAGCAAGGAUAUUGGGAAGGCAGAGGAGGCAGAUAUUGUGAAGACCCAUGAGGUGCUUAAGUUUAAGGAUUGGGGCUGGAACGCAGGGAAGGAAGAAUGUUUGUCUAUGACACUAUGCGAGGGAAAGUUCCGAGAGGUACGUCGCAUGAUCAAGGAGAUUGGGCUGCGUGUAGUUAGACUUAGACGGGUUGCGAUUGGGGGCGUUGAGGAUCCUUUGCUUCCGUUCGGAUUGUGUAGACAGCUUUCUGAGGAAGAGCAGCGUGGGCUGCUUCAAACGAUUGGUGGAAGACUGAGUCACGAUGAGAUCCGCUCUAUGCACUGGCGUUGA